UUGGUCCUUUCUCUAUGUAAAGUGGUGCUGGCUCGGAAUGAGCGGAAACUAAUUGGGGAGCUUGUUGUGCGUGUUGACAGCCCGGCGGCAGACCUUGUGGGGUUGCAUGGUUACCCCAUUUGGGAUCGGGGUGAGGUGGAGACGGUACGAAGGAGGCUGAGGGUCAGAAGAGUGGGUGAGAUUGUUCCUCCAGGGACUGACCAUGGCUUCAGCGGUUUGCAGAGUAUCUUAGGGGAAUAAGAAAUGUCCAUGGUGGACCGUGAAUGGCUCGGUUGGAAUCCUGUUGUUCUAAGCAGCUGUGUUGCCAAGGUACGGUUUGACGUUUUCUCAUCUACUAAAUGGCUGUCAGUUCAGUGGAAGAUGGUGCUCCUACUUUUUCUAACUAAAGACUACGUCAGAUUAACUAAAUGGAUCAAGAAAUUCACUGGAAAAAGCAUACAGAACUAUCUCUCCAGAAGAGUGACUGCUCUGUGAAGAUUUUUUGAAAAUUACAAUGAAAAUACUGUGACUACAAUCUAAGUACCUUUCCUUGACAUCUCUAGCCUGCUCAGCAAUGUUUUUCACAUUUUCAAGAAAAAGUGUGUCCCAGAAAUUGAGUUUGUUGUUGUUGGUAUUUGGUUUUAUCUGGGGCAUAAUGUUACUGCGCUAUACCUUUCAGCAUCCAAGACAACAGAGUAGUGCCGAGCUGCGUGAGCAAAUACUGGACUUGAGUAAAAGAUAUGUCAGAGCACUGGCAGAAGAAAACAAGAAUAUAAUGAAUAGUGGUAAUGGAGUUGCAAUGGCAGGAUAUGCUGAUCUCAAAAGAACAAUUGCAGUGCUUCUAGAUGACAUCUUACAACGAUUGGUCAAGCUGGAAAACAAGGUUGAUUACAUUGUCGUAAAUGGUUCAACAAUAAAUACUACAAAUGGGAACUUGAUGCCAGCAACUACAAGUAAACGGGUAAAUGCAGCAGGCAACAUAAGAUAACAACUGCACAAAGUGAUUCUGUAUGCUACCUGCCAUAGAGUGAGUUCCAUUUCAAUAGGGAAAAGAAAUGGUUCGGUCAAAGAUCUACAUCCUGUUGCAACAGGGAAUGCUGAAUACAUACAGUCUUAAAUUCUUUAUAUAAAGCUCUGAAAACCUUUUCAUGUUAAAAUAGCUCAUUCAUAAAGCAAUGCUGUAUAAUAUCUUAUUUAAAGAUAUGCUGGUAAUAUAGCUAGUGUAGUAUGGUAAAUAGGCGACGUGUAAAUCAUGUGUGAGAUCUAUGACAAGAUUAUGGAGAAGAUGUAGAUUUAAUAUCUAAAAAAUCUAUUUAAAUAUAAAUCUAACAUAUCUUUGGAUUGUGGGAAAACUACCUUUUAACCUUUGUGUGACCUGGUUUACUAGUCCAUAGUAAUGAAGGAUAAUGCCUUUAACACAACUGCUGGGAAGUAUGUAUACUUGUAUUUUAAAGUCAUCUAUGGCUUUUUUUGAUUUUUUUUUUUACAAUUGAGAUAAUAUUGUGGAUAACAUCCUAAAAUGGCGAUCCAAAGAAUGUCUUUAUUUGCACUAUCUGUGAAAUAGCUAGAGAAAGAAUGUAUUAGAAAUACUGUUACACUUGUGAAAACUUUAAAAAAGCAACAUGUUUGAGAGCACACUUGCAACAGAAUUAGGGCCAUUCAUGAUCAAAAAUAAACUACAAUCUGUGAUGGUGCAUAGCUGUUUCAAAAACAUUUAACUUUGUGUACUUAGCAACUGAAGAUAAAACAAAAUGAUGGAAAUCACACAUCAGAUAUUGGACACUGCUAGCUUUCUAUUGCUUUUCUUGUGAAUAUUUAAGUACCUUACAGGCUAUGAUAAAUGUGCCACACCAUCUCUUGAGUUACCAUUUUUACACAAAACAAAAGGGGUGGGAUGAACUAAGAAGGCACCUUGAUGUUUACUGAAGAGAUGUGCUGACAGGGUGCAGUCUGCCAGCUGUUGCUGUUGUGCAAUUGCCUUUGGUGGUAAAGCUCUAGUGCCCAGUGGAUUAUUUGUGCCCAGGCACUUCUAUGAUGGACUUAAAAACAAGUAUAGGGUGAAGGUGAGUGCUGCCUUAUAUUCAUGUUAGCCUUACAGCAGAGUGUUGCCGUGAGGGUGCACUAUAUUCCACAGUGUACUUUCUGUAUCAUAAAUUAUGAUGAAGUGCCAGUCUGAGUUUUUGCAUCUGUAUGGAAUGAUUUCUUUAAGGGUUUGUUGCAGUAUUUUUGCUUAAAAUAUGCUGUGUAGUUUUAAAAAAAAUCUUUUUAUUUAAAAAAGAGUACUAUUUACGGUGCUAGAUGAUAUACCAUCCCAAAUGAUUAUCCCUGCAGAUGACUGUAGAAACUGGAUUGAUUCAAACAGAAAUUAAAGUCCGACAUAAAUUCAA